AUGCAUGAGUGGAUAGAGAAAAUUGUGGUACACAAAUAUAAUGAGGCAGAUCUGCAGAACCUUCUGGUGUGUGCCAUCGUAUUCCACACUGUUUACUACCUGUGCCUGAGUGUGGGCUGCCUGGUACUCCAAGUAUGUGAGCUUGAUAUUCUGGCACCAUUUGACUUCAAAACACAUCCUUCAUGGCUCAACAGAGAUUAUAAAGUUCUUAUAGUCUCAACAUAGGUCACCUGCUUUGUCUGUUAGUGUUUUGCUUUGAUUAUAGAAGAAUGGGUUUGGGAUUAUGCUAUUUCUGUGACUAUCCUUCAUGUAAUCAGCACAUAA